ACCUCGUCAGUGUCACUACAUAAUGGUCAUGAAAUCAUGGCCUGUUGCGAGGGUAAAGAGGAGUACAGAAAAGUGAAGUACACCGAUUAACCGAUACUGGUGUUACAUACAAAAACCUCAUUAUGACAGCGAUCAAAUUGCUUUACGCGGUUUCACAUAACCUCGUAUUCAUGGAAUAUAUCUUAAUGGUUUAUGCUGAUAACUGAAUUCAGUUUUGGAAUUUCGAAACUUCUGGAAGCAGAUUCCGUCCGAUCCCUCCCGAACGUCUUUCAAUCCAUUCCAAUCCCAAAUACACGCGUACUCUUAUACCUCUAGUAAGUGCUGAAUCGAUAACGUUGAAAAUAGUAAGGGUCAAGACUCUUAUCAAUGAUAUAAAAAUACAUUUAAUGUUGAGCUUUCUCCAUACUUCGUUUGUAGUUUUUAAAGCAGUAACUUAAAUUCGGUGUAUAUCGAAAACUUUUAGAUAACAUCGAAUAAAGUUAAAAAUGGCCAAGUGUAAAGUGAAGGUCGGAAUAAUCGGUGGUUCAGGUUUAGAUGACCCUCAAAAUCAAAUAUUAAAUUGUCAAAUUAUAAUUACGCGAGAAAAGGCUAAAAAUGAGUUUGGAUUUCCAUCUAGCGAUCUUUACCAUGGAAAUCUUAAUGGUGUAGACGUGGUAUUAUUAUCAAGACAUGGACCAGGUCAUAUAACACAUCCCACUGCAGUAAAUUAUCGUGCAAACAUUGAAGCUCUCCGCUUAGCUGGAUGUACUCAUAUACUUGCUUCAACAGCAUGUGGCUCUUUACAGGAAACUAUUUAUAGAGGACAAUUAGUUGUUCCAGAUAGUUUCAUAGAUAGGACAACAAAGAGAAGUAUUACCUUUUAUGAUGGUACUUCACCUAAAUAUUUUGGAGUGUGCCAUAUGCCAAUGGAACCAGCUUUUGAUCCAACUACAUCUCAAAUAUUGUUUGAAGUUGGUAAAGAAUUAGGGUAUGACAUAAGAAAAGAAGGAACAAUUGUAAGUAUAGAAGGACCAAGAUUUUCCUCAAAAGCUGAAAGUAAUGCAAUGCGUUUAUGGGGAGGAGACUUAGUUAAUAUGACUACAUGUCCAGAGGUAUAUUUGGCAAAAGAAGCUGGACUUCUAUAUGCAGUUGUAGCAAUGGCAACUGAUUAUGAUUGCUGGAGAGAUUGUGAAAAUAAUGUUCAUGCAGCUGAUGUAAUAAAAGUAUUUAAACAAAAUGUUAGUAAAAUAAGACAUUUACUUAUAAAGGCAGUUAAACGUAUUGGUGAAAAAAAUUGGGACAAGGAAAUUGAUGCUUUACAUGAAUUAUGUCAGAGUAGUAAUGUUUCUUCUCAUACUUUAUAAGUUUGUGUAUUUGUAAUGUAACAGUAAUAAUGUACUACUUCGUACUUUGGAUUUAUGUUAAGUUUGAUAACAAAAACUGAAAUUUAUACACUUAUAACGAUUUUAAGAAUACAUAUUGUUCGUUUUAAUAAAUAAUAUAAUUAAAAUAAAAUGCGAUAUUUGUUAUCCAAUAUUAGUUAAUCUAAAUAGUUAACAAGAAAGAGAGAGGGAGAGCGAGAUGAUUAAAUGAUACUUUAUAUUUAAUGUGUACAUAAAUUGUAACAGAGUAAUUUCUUGAUCAUGUACUCCAUUUAAGAAUUCAUUUAUUCAUAGAUUUAACAUACAGUUAUGAUUCAGCUAAUAUUGUGACUGAAAUGUUUUUACAACUGGAAUUUAAAAAUUAUAUAUUAUUAAUAUAAUAUUGUAAUUGAUUUUGGAGUAUAUAAAACAAUACAUUUUCAGAAUUAUCAGUAUGAUACAUAUAACGUUUUUAAUACAUAGAACAUUUUCAUUAUUUAACGCAUAGGAAAACUUUUCUUUUAUAAAAUUUAUUCGAUGACGAUAAAAUUUCGUUUACUUUUUAACACUUUAUCGUCAACUGUAUAAUAAUUUACAGUUUGAAAUACAAAUGCGCUUCGAAACACUAAUGAAUUAAUGAUUAUUAUCCGAGCGGAAAUUAUAAACUAAAUUAUCUUCCCAUAGGUUAAAAUAUGUUUGCUUAAAUCAGGAAAAAUAUUAUAUCUGUAGACCAUUCUAUUUCUCAAAUGUAUGUAUAGAAUAAAAUUGAAUAUAUUCAGACAUACAAUUCGAUUUACAUCGUUGUAUUAAAAAUACCAUUUCGAAAAAAAUAAAAUUUAAGCAAUAUUUAAAGUAAUAUUGCAAAGCAUAGUUUCUAUACAUAAAGUAUUUAUAAUACAACUUGUUUAAACAACAUGCACCAUAGCGAUUCCGUAUAUUACUUUUCAUUUUUGUGCAGCCUUCAAAUCAAUAUUUAAUACUUCAAUUGUAUUUAUUAUAAAAUGAAAAGCUUUAUAUAUCAUUUGAACUUGAAAGAUAAUGUUAAUAAUACUUCAAGAGUUCCACUAAUGUUUUGCAGUUUUAUAGUUUUUAAUAAGUAACAUUGAUAUAUUAGCAUGUAUCUGAUACACUCUGCAUUGUUAAAACAUUAGUUUUUAAUAUUAGUGAAAUAAAUUUACAGUAUCUUAACACUUCAAUAACACUUAUUUUACUAGUUGUCGCAUAAUACAAUAUGCAUUAUGAAGACCUAUUGAAUGAACAUGGUAAAAGCAUUUGAAUCAAAACAGAUAUUAUGACAUAUGUUCUUGUAACAAGAUGCACUUUCUUCUUUAUAACAAUAUUCACAAUGGUCUUAAUUUUAUAAGCAAUACAUAACAUAAUACAAUUCUACAUUGCAGAAUUUCUAUUCUGGCACAAUAUAUUUUUUGCUCUUCAUGUAGUACUAUAUAAAAUAGGUUGUGCUAUAUUUAAUUGUGAGAAUUUUGGUACAUUUAUACAGGCAUUUUACGUAGAAUGUGAUUAUUAUGGUUGUUAAUCUUUAAUAUAUUCAAUUUUUUUUAAAACUGCAAAUUUAAAAUAUAUAAUCAUAUUAUGAGUCUCAUUUGUACUAAUGUCUUUUGUUCAAUCAAAUAUAGCCUGUUUAAAAAAAAAAAAGAAAAUUU